AUGACCAGCCAAAACUUACUUGCCGACCCAGACAGGCUCGUAUCUUUUGGAGUACUGGACGAGGAGAGCCGGAACGCGAGGAAGCUUGUGACAACCGCGAACUUGCGGAAGUACGAUUUUUUCAGCAACAAAGCGUCUUUAGAACCCUUGGAAGAAACUAUGCCCCCGAAGGAAUCCAAGCAGCCCCGCCGAGCACCGUUUGUCUUUCCUCGAUCGAGGAGGGAGAGAGCGGCCGAAGCUGCUCGUCCCAUUCCUGCACAACUGGUGCGAACUGUUGCACCUUCUCAACCCCCUGUGCAUGAAGCGACCAGGGCAGAACAGGUCGCUCAGGCACCACCGGCACGCCCAAGGCGUAAGGCCCCGGCCCAAAGGUCGAAGAAGAGGAAACAGGCUCUACUUGCGAUGAGGAUGUCUAUGGAGAAGACUCGGCUGGGAGCCGCGAAGGGGUCCAGUGACCUACAGGAGGAGGUCGCGAAGCUCAAGAAAAGCCUGGAGUCCGCCGAAGCUGAAAGAACAGAAGCGUUCGAUGCGGCGAACAGGUAUCUGAGCCAAAAGGAUGCUGCUUUACAAACGGUGGACUUCCAAAAGGCGGAGCUUGAGCGACGUGCGGAGGACGUGAAGGAACUCCAAAGGACAACCGCCAGGCUCUCCAAAGUGGUCAGGGAGAAGGAUCAGGAGAUCCAAGCGACCUCCGUAUGGGCCCAGCGAGUUGAACAGGAAAAGGAGGCCUCCGAACAGGAGAAACGAGCUCUUGAAGCUGAACUCCAGGAGAGUCGUGAAAGGAUCGCCUCACUGACUGAAGAAUUGCGGAAUCAGUCAGAGGAGCUGGAGGAGAAGGCCGCUGACUGGGCGAUCGGGUCCAUUUAUUCCCUCCGGUUGAGGAACCCAGAUAUGGACAUUUUCGACCUCCCGGAGGGGUGGCAAGCGACUUUGCUGAUCAUGGCUGAGGAGGACGAUCAGGCAGCCGUGGCCGCCCAACACCCGACCAGGCAGGGGGUUCUGGUUCGAAGGAUCCCCCCGACCAGCCGUAAUGUAAUGAGUCGACCCCAUCGUAAUUGGGUCUAA